UUGGAAAGUGGCAGUGAAUGCAGAGGACAGUGGUUGUCAUCGGAGGUGGGAUUAGCGGCCUGACGGCCUGCUAUCACCUUUCCAAGAAUAGCAGUUUUUCCAAGGUAGUUUUGCUGGAGUCUAGUGGACGUUUAGGGGGCUGGAUCCGGUCAUCCCGAACAGAAGAUGGGGCAAUCUUUGAGCAUGGGCCACGGGCUCUACGUACUGCAGGAGCUCCAGGACGAAUCACAUUACAAAUGGUUUCCGAGCUAGGACUGGAAAAAGAAAUCUUGCCAGUCACUGGAGAGAACCCAGCAUCCAAAAAUCGUUAUCUUUAUGUGCAUGGCAAAAUUCACAAACUGCCUUCUGGACUUAGUGGUGUUGUGACGACAACCUCUCCUUUCACACGACCGCUUGUAUGGACAGCACUUCGUGAGCUUAUCGUGAGAAGUGGCAAGGACCAGGAUGAGACAAUGCAUGCUUUCUUUGAGCGACGCUUUGGAAAGGAGCUUGCUGACAUUGCCAUAGACAGCCUGUGCCGUGGAGUGUUCGCUGGGGACUGUCGGAAACUCAGCAUACGUUCCUGUUUUCCAAUGAUUUUUGAAGCAGAACGUCAGUCUGGAUCUGUAAUUGUGGGCAUGAUGCUUAGCAAAGAGAAAGAUCGCAGAUUUGACUCAAAUGAGUUAUUCCGUCGGUCAAAACGUGAACGCUGGAGCCAGUGGUCCUUGAGAGAAGGACUACAGAUGAUUCCAGAAGCAAUGGAAGAUGCUUUGAAAACCAGAGGAGUAGAAAUUCAUGUACAUACACCAGUGGAAAGGCUGGGAAGAACAACAGACUGUUGGGAGGUUAGAACAAGUGAUGGCACCAUAAAAGCUGACCACAUCUUCUCUGCAGCACCAGCUAAAGCUCUGAGUUCACUGUUACGUCCUUCUGCGAAACCCCUUGCUGAACAGCUCAACCAGCUCCAUUAUGUGACCGUAGCAGUGGUAAACCUGGAAUAUGAAGGGUCUGUUAUAGCAUCACCGGGAUUUGGACAUUUAGUUCCCUCAUUUGAGGAGCGAAGCAUUCUAGGCAUUGUCUACGAUUCUGUUGCUUUUCCAGAACAUGAUAGAAAUGGGGCUCCUUCUACUAGGCUGACGGUCAUGCUCGGAGGUGAUUGGUUUGCCAAGGACAUUGGGGAUCCUGAAAAAGUCAGCCACGAGCAGUUGCUUCAGAUUGCAGCUGGAGCAGUUCGAAGACACUUAGGUGUUCAAGCUGAGCCAAUACGUCACUUUGUGCAUGUACAAAAGGACUGCAUCCCCCAGUAUACACUUGGACACUGGAAGCGUCUUGAACACAUCUCUGGUUACCUUCGCUACCACCGCCUACCUCUGGGUCUUAUUGGAGCAUCUUACCAAGGUGUCUCUGUGAACGACUGUAUUUAUAGAGCAAGGAUAGCUGUAGAGAAGCUGUCACGUGGCAUCACAAGUUUCUGAGGCUUCUCUCCAUUAAGGAAGGGUGGAGAGAAUGAAGAAAAUUUUAGCUCUGGAUAGUGGAGCAAGAAAACUGAAUGUGCCCUGAAUAGAAUAUCUGGAUGCUUUUCCAUGCAAUACUAAUGAAAUCCUGCAGAAGUUACCCUUUGUUGCCUAAAGGAGGAGUAGUACUUUUUAACUAGUUGUAAAGAAACGUGAAAAAAAUGACAAGGCGGGGAAGUUUACAUGAGUGUGACAGUGUAUUUUUUUUUUUUUUUUGUAAUUUACUACUGCUAUUUUUGUGUUCAGCACCUCUAAGAUGUUGCAUUGACUUGUGCACUCUCAUGCUGUCCCAUUUAGAAAAGAUGACAUUCAUUCUUUUUUAGUCUGUAUGUAUGUAAUAGAUGGAUUGAUUUCCAGACACCAUUCUUUCAUUUGCUAAUUUUUUUCCCCAUUUUGUUUAAACAGACCAUCUAUCCAGUGAUUUGGUUACAUUUUCAUCUCAAUACAGUCUACAGUAAUAACACUGGGCAGCACAUGCAUUUAAACUAAGUAAAUAAGCUUGAUCUUA